GAAGAAAGAAAAAGCAAUUAAUUAAGCAAAGAGCCAAAUCACUCUACUCUGACUGUGUUAAAAAGGGGGUUGAGGCCCUCGUAAGCCCCAGUUUCCUUCAAUCACUCCCCAUCUAUCUCUUGCUGCUUUUUGAUUCGGCUGGGGCCCUGAGGCUGCACAUCCAGCAAACCCCAACUGGGUUUGUGAUUAUUAAAUCUUAACCAAGCAGCAAUCCCGCUCAUCUCUUCAGGCAACCAAGACCCUCAAAUAUCCGAUACUCUGUGUUUCGUCUCCGUAUUAGCUUCUCUCUUCUUUCUCCUUUUCGAGUCUUUAGGAUGGCUGUGAGUUUGGACGACGCCGAGUUUUGGCUCCCGCCUGAGUUUCUCACUGAUGACGACUUAGCCGUGGAAAAGAAUGGGAGCGGCAAGAAUGAAGGAAAUGGAGUCGGCUUGGAUACCGAGGCGAUGAGGGCUCUGUUCCCUUUCGACUUCCCCUACCGGUUUGGGUCUUUUGGGUCUUCCUCUGAUCUCGGUUCUCCGGUUGAGUCAGUGCUCGGUUCGAGCGAGACGGAGAGCGACGAGGAGGACUACCUCGCUGGAUUGACCCUCCAAAUAGCUCGCUCAACUCUCGUUGACGAUUCCAGGAACAUCGACCCUGUUUUUGCCUCUGAGAAAGCCAAGGCUUGGGGGGUGUCUGGUUCGCCGCAGUCGACGCUGUGCGCGUUGGGGAGCGGAUGCGGAUGCAGACAGGGCUCGAGCCAUGGAAGCCCAAACGGGCCUUCCCAGGCCUCUUCCCCACCGGCGACCUGGGAUCUGCUUCACGCUGCUGCGGGGGAAGUCGCUAGGAUGAGGACGAACGAAGAUAUGUACGGACUCAACCAUGGCAGAGGUCUCUUGGGUCCUCUGAGGAAGCCCUCUCCAGUGACUCUCCCCGUGAAAAACAACCCCAACUCUGAAGUUGGAUUUGUUCCUCACCAGUCUCUCUCUCAGCAGCAGUUGCAAAUGCAAGCCACUCAAUUUCAGCAGCUGAGGCAGCAGCAGAUGAUGAGGCAACAGGGCUCAGCGGCUUGGGGAGCACAGGCGAAGGGGACUGGACGAUACCAACAGCGCCAGACGACCCACCAUAUGGUCCAAAACAGAGGGAGGAACAGCGAGUACGUCGGAGCCAGAAACAGUCGCCCUCUGGGUUUGUCCCCUUCUGCAUGGCCCUCUCUGCAACAGGGCCAACCGCAGCCACAGCCACAGCAACAGCAACAGCAAAAUGGGUCUGGCAUGAGAGCUGUAUUUCUUGGUACUCCAGGUGGCAAAAGGGAAUGCGCAGGCACUGGUGUCUUCUUGCCCCGCCGUGUUGACAGCCCAUCUGAUACCCGCCGGAAGACAGCGUGUUCGACUGUUUUAGUCCCAGCGAGAGUGGUGCAGGCACUGAACUUGAACUUGGAGGAGAUGAUGGGCACUCAGCCUCAGCUUCAGCCUCGAUUAAGCGGGACUCUCACUCCGGACGGUGAUGCUGCUCUGAGGCUUCGAAGUAAUAAUGCCUUCCUUCCUCAUCCGAAGCGCAACCUACGGCCUCAGUCUGAAAUCAACCAUGAGAUCCGGCUACCCCAGGAAUGGACCUAUUGACCCCUAAUUUGCAUCUGGGUCCUUCAGUAGUUUCGUUGUUUUAGGAAAGGAAAAGAAUUUGGAAGUUUUUAGUUUGCUAUAGGGAUAGUAGUCUUAUAAAGAAACAGUUUCAGGAGAGAGGAAGAAAAAAAGUAUGAAGAACAGGGGAAGGAAAAAGGUUUUUUGGGUUUAGGCGUAGAUGAUAAUAAAUGUCUACUACUUUAGGGAAAGUGAAUGAUGCUACAGCUUUUGUUCUUUUUGUUUGGGCUCGGGGAGCGAGGAAAGAGUGGUGGAUGGGAGAAAAAAACUGGUUUUUUUAUUUUGGGAAAAUAAGCUUGGGAUCUUCUUCAAACAAAUCAUAAGGAGGGGGUAGGAAGGGUUGGACUUUUGUUUUGUGAAUCCACGACCCUUCUCUAUUAUGCAGUAGUUUUAGUAGUUUGGUACUUUUUUUUUACCAUGUUGUGUCCCUGGAAUUCGAUUCCAACCUGUCCACCCGACAUUGCCGGGAAGUAAUAAUAAUAUCGGAUUUAUUUUUUUGCCCA